AUGAACGGAACGGCUGCCUCAGCGAGGGGCAAAAGAAAAGCACCAGUCUCGCCUGAUAAUUCACCACCAGCCAAGCGUGCCAUCAACGGCAAGCUGUCCCCUGGUGACAAUACCCCAGACGUCGCCGAUAUUGUGCAAUACGAUGGCGAGUCAGAUAUUGCCGACGAGCUCCAUGCCGAUGCCGCCAUGUACGUUGGCACACCAGGGAGCCUGGGCGAGUGGCAGGACACCAUUCAAAAAGUUGUACGGAACGUUGUUGCAAUCCGCUUUUGUCAAACAUGCUCUUUCGAUACGGAUCAAGCUUUGACGAGUGAGGCUACUGGUUUCGUCGUAGACGCCGAACGAGGAUAUAUUCUAACAAAUCGACAUGUCGUGGGCGCUGGGCCUUUUUGGGGACACUGCGUCUUCGAUAAUCACGAAGAAGUCGACUGCUAUCCCGUUUACCGCGACCCCGUACACGACUUUGGUAUUCUUCGAUAUGACCCGAAAGCGAUCAAGUACAUGCAUGUUGAUGGCUUAGACCUAAGUCCCGAUCAAGCCCAAGUUGGUGUUGAGAUUCGAGUCGUCGGUAACGAUGCCGGAGAAAAGCUCAGUAUCUUGUCAGGUGUAAUCAGUCGCCUUGACCGAAAUGCUCCCGAAUACGGCGAGGGCUACAGCGAUUUCAACACUUGUUACUACCAGGCCAACGCUGCUGCCAGCGGCGGCAGUUCUGGCAGUCCUGUUGUUAGCAAGGAUGGCUGUGCCGUUGCGCUGCAAGCUGGCGGUCGGUCUGACGGCGCUUCGACCGACUACUUCCUCCCGCUUGAUCGACCUCUUCGAGCCCUUCAGUGCAUCCAACAAGGCAAACCUGUCACCCGCGGCGAUAUCCAGUGCCAGUUUCUUUUGAAGCCGUUUGAUGAGUGUCGCCGGCUUGGCCUCACAUCGGAGUGGGAGGCAGAGAUGCGAAAGGCUUUCCCUAACGAAACAAACAUGCUUGUUGCCGAAAUCGUCCUGCCAGAUGGGCCAUCAGAUAACAAGAUCGAAGAAGGUGACGUUUUGGUGAAGGUGAAUGGAGAGCUCAUUACGCAAUUCAUCAGGCUCGACGACAUCUUGGACUCACAUGUGGGCAAGUCGAUCAAGGUUCAACUGCAGCGUGGCGGUGAGGAUAUCGAGGUGGAUAUCGAUGUUGGGGAUUUGCACAGCAUCACCCCCGACCGAUUUGUCUCGGUUGCUGGAGCAAGUUUCCAUAACCUGUCUUACCAGCAGGCUCGUCUCUACGCUGUUGCCGUCAAGGGCGUCUAUGUGUGCGAGUCCGCGGGAUCAUUCAGGUUUGAUAAUACUGAUAAUGGAUGGAUUGUUCAAACUAUCGACCACAAGAAAGUCCCUGAUCUAGACACCUUCAUCCAAGUUGUCAAGGGGAUCCCCGACAAGGCACGGGUGGUGGUUACCUACAAGCAUCUCCGCGAUCUGCACACGCUUAAUACCACUGUCGUAUAUGUGGACCGGCACUGGUCGUCCAAGAUGAAGCAGGCAGUCCGAAACGACGAGACUGGACUGUGGGACUUUUCCGACUUGGGAGACGCCCUUCCCCCCGUUCCGCCGGUUCGUCGUUCAGCAGCAUUCAUCGAGUUGGAUCAUAUGCCUCACCCCGGCAUUGCAGAGCUGAUUCAAAGCUUUGUUCACGUCAACUGCACCAUGCCUGUGAAGCUGGAUGGGUUUCCAAAGAACCGAAGAUGGGGAAUGGGUCUGGUCAUUGAUGCGGACAAGGGCCUUGUUUUAAUUUCGAGAGCCAUUGUUCCGUACGAUCUCUGUGACAUCACUGUUACCAUUGCGGACUCUAUCAUUGUGGAGGGCAAAGUUGUUUUCCUUCACCCACUUCAGAACUACGCCAUCAUCCAAUACGAUCCCGCCCUCGUGGAUGCACCCGUCAAGAGUGCUAGACUGAGCAGCGAACAUCUCAGUCAAGGUGCCAAGACGUACUUCUUGGGCCACAACAGAAUCGGCCGUGUUGUGCACGGUGCCACAACCGUCACUGAAGUCACGGCUGUUGCCAUCCCCGCCAACUCAGGGGCCCCUCGUUACCGAGCUGUCAAUGUGGAUGCCAUCACCAUUGAUAGCAACCUUGGUUCUACUUGCAACAGCGGUGUUUUGGUUUCACCCGAUGGAACUGUCCAGGCCCUGUGGCUUUCGUAUCUUGGAGAGCGGUCUCCUUGCAGCCAGCGGGAUGAGGAAUACUAUCUGGGUCUGGCCACGCCGACUCUGUUGCCUGUCAUCUCUACUAUUCAAAAGGGCGAGUCUCCCAAGCUGAGGCUGCUGUCAGUCGAGUUUAGGGCUAUUCAAAUGUCGCAGGCAUCCGUCAUGGGUGUUUCUGACGACUGGAUUAAGAAGGUGACGCAGGCCAACAGGUCUCACCACCAGCUCUUCAUGGUCAGCAAGCGAACUUUUGAGAGGGUCAACCAGCCGGUUUCCCUCCUGGAAGGCGACAUCAUCUUGACGUUGAACGGCAAAAUAUGUACAACCAUCUCUGACUUUGAUGUCAUGUAUUCUAAUGAGGUGCUCGAUGCCGUUAUUGUUCGAGAGUGCGAGGAGGUGCACCUGCAACUGGCCACUGUUCCGGCCGACGAUAUAGAGACUGACCAUGCGGUGUCAUUCUGCGGUGCAAUCCUGCAUCGUCCCCAUCAAGCUGUCCGCCAACAAAUCAGCAAACUUCACAGUGAGGUAUAUGUGUCUAGCAGAAUCCGCGGCUCGCCAGCCUAUCAGUAUGGUGUUGCCCCGACCAACUUUAUCACCCAUGUGAAUGGCCAGCCCACACCGGAUCUCGACUCAUUCAUUGCUGCUACCCGAAAGAUUCCCGACAACACUUACUUCCGCUUGAAAGCUGUAACAUUUGACAGCGUACCAUGGGUCAUUACGAUGAAAAAGAAUGACCACUACUUUCCCACAAUGGAGUGGAUCAAAGACAGCAACGAGGCAUGUGGCUGGCGACGCGUUACGUAUGAGGGACAAGAAGUCUUUCAGGGAGAGGCUGUCGACGGUGUUCCACCCCAUGUUGAAGAUGCAGAAAUGGAUUAA